AUUUAAAAUUUAAUUUUAUUGCAAGAAGUUGAAAAGUAGCAAUUUCUUGGUUAAUGUUAUUUUUGUUGUUUCAAAAAUGCCUGAUAAACAUGCAGCGGAUCUGUUUGGAGAUCCAAAGAUAUACCGGAAACCUAUUAAGGAAAUUGAAGAAAAAUGGAAAUUGGUGCCUGCUUUUCUCAAAAUAAAAGGUUUAGUGAAACAACACAUUGAAUCUUUCAAUUAUUUCAUAAAUGUGGAUAUCAAUAAAAUUGUGGAGGCUAAUGACAAGGUUACCUGUGAUGCAGAUCCUCUCUUCUACCUCAAAUACUUAAAGGUUCAUGUUGGAACACCUGAUGUUGUUGACGAAGUUUUUAACAUUAGUAAACCAACUACACCGCACGAAUGUCGUUUGAGAGAUAUGACUUAUUCAGCUCCAAUAUCGGUUGAUGUUGAAUAUACAAAGGACAAACAAAGAAUUACAAAAACUGGACUUUUGAUAGGGAGGAUGCCUAUAAUGCUCCGAUCUUCGAAUUGUGUAUUGAGAAAUAAAUCGGAAUUUGAACUUGCAAAAAUGAAUGAGUGUCCUUUAGAUCCGGGAGGGUAUUUCGUGGUCAAAGGACAAGAAAGGGUUAUUCUGAUUCAAGAACAACUUGCUAAAAACAAAAUGAUUGUCGAGGAGGGCAAAUACGGAGUACAGUGCCAAGUUGUCAGUUCUACUCACGAAAAAAAGUCGAGAACUAUCAUUUUCGUCAAAGGAAAUAAAUAUUACAUGAAACACAAUACAUUUACAGAUCCUAUUCCAAUUUCCAUUGUAUUCAAGGCUUUGAAUGUAAUCAGUGAUAAAGAAAUAUGUGAACUGGUAGGAGUAUCUGAUGCCACGAAGUUGGUUCCUACACUUGAGGAAUGUCAUAAUUUGAAAAUUUAUACUCAGGCAGCAGCUUUAGAAUAUUUGGGAACUAAGCUUGUUGCGAAACGGUUCGUUACAGGUGCAUCUAGAGUUAAAACUCCUUCAGAUGAGGUCAGGGAUCUGCUUGCAACAACGGUUCUGGCCCACAUUCCCGUUCAAUCUUUCAAUUUUACACAGAAAGCUAUCUAUUUUGGACUGAUGGGCAAUUGGACAAUAAAGAGGUUUAGAAUGGAAAGGCUUGGUGUGACACAAGUUUUAUCAAGGCUUAGUUAUAUUUCCGCCCUAGGUAUGAUGACGAGGGUCCAGUCUCAGUUUGAAAAAACAAGAAAAGUUUCUGGACCAAGGUCUCUUCAACCUAGUCAGUGGGGUAUGUUAUGUCCCAGUGAUACACCAGAAGGAGAGGCAUGCGGAUUAGUGAAAAAUCUUGCUCUCAUGGCACACAUCACAACGGAGGUUGAAGAAGAACCUUUGAUUCGACUUGCAAGAAAUUCAGGAGUUCAGCUAAUAAAUAUGGUAGCUAGUUUUUCCAUCCAUUCACCGAAAACUUAUUUAGUUGUUCUUACAGGUAAUAUAUUGGGAAUAACGAGAAAAUACAAAUAUCUCAUUCGGGUGUUUAGGUUGGCCCGAAGAAAGGGACACAUUUCAAGUUAUGUUUCGAUCUAUCCGAGCGAUUUACAUAGAACUGUCUAUAUCAAUUCUGAUGGUGGAAGAUUAUGUAGGCCGUACAUUAUUGUAGAAGAUGGAAUUCCCUUGGUAACUGAAACCCAUAUUUCCGAAUUGGAGAAAGGUAUGCGAGCUUUCGAAGAUUUUUUGCAAGAAGGUUUGAUUGAGUUUUUGGAUGUAAACGAAGAGAAUGAUAGUUAUAUAGCUUGUUAUGAAAAGGAUAUCACUCCUGAAGUAACUCAUUUGGAGGUAGCCACAUUCACAUUAUUGGGAGUAUGUGCUGGGUUGAUACCGUACCCGCAUCACAAUCAGUCACCGAGAAAUACCUAUCAGUGCGCUAUGGGAAAACAGGCGAUGGGUACUAUUGGAUACAACCAACAGAACAGAAUGGACACAGUAAUGUACAAUCUUGUUUAUCCUCAAGCACCCAUGGUAAAAACAAAGACAAUCGAACUGACAAACUACGAUAAACUUCCUGCUGGUCAAAAUGCAAUAGUUGCUGUUAUGAGCUACAGUGGAUACGACAUAGAAGAUGCCCUGAUCGUCAACAAAGCCUCUAUAGAUAGGGGUUUUGGUCGGUGUUCAGUUUACAGAACGGUCAAGACUAUUUUGAAGAAAUAUCCUAAUCAAACUUAUGACAGAAUCCAGGGCCCAAUGUUAGAUGCAGCCACCAAUCAGCCUAUAUGGAAGCAUGCUUGCCUUGAUAAAGAUGGAAUUGUAGCCCCAGGAGAGUUGGUUCAAAAAGGACAGGUAAAGUCGUUCGAAAAGUCCACAGUACUUCAUAUAUGGUCAAACAUUUUCGGAUUAGUUGUGGAACAAGAAGAUAUGCCGUUUAAUGAACAAGGCAUAUGUCCCGAUAUUAUAAUGAACCCUCAUGGAUAUCCUUCUAGGAUGACAGUAGGAAAAUUGAUAGAACUUUUAGCAGGAAAAGCAGGAUUGCUCGAAGGCAAAUUUCAUUACGGAACUGCCUUCGGUGGUUCGAAAGUAAGUGAUGUCAGCGAGGAGUUGGCAAAUCAUGGUUUCAAUUAUUUAGGCAAAGAUGUGUAUUACUCUGGGAUAACUGGAGAUCCGCUUGAAGCAUACAUUUAUUCAGGACCUGUUUACUACCAGAAGCUCAAGCAUAUGGUACAGGAUAAAAUCCAUGCCAGGGCACGCGGUCCUAGAGCUGUUUUGACCAGACAACCAACUGAAGGAAGAAGUCGAGAUGGUGGUUUGCGAUUAGGAGAAAUGGAGAGAGAUUGUCUCAUCGGUUAUGGUGCCAGUAAUAUGCUUAUUGAAAGAUUGAUGGUGUCCAGUGAUCAAUGUCAGGUAGAUGUUUGCAACAAGUGUGGUAGAUUAGGAUAUUGCGGAUGGUGCAACAGUUGUAAAAGCUCUGGACAAGUAUCGACCAUAACCAUGCCUUAUGCUUGCAAGCUACUUAUUACAGAAUUACAAGCCAUGAAUAUAUCUGCCAGACUCACUCUCACCCCCUACUGUGGGUGAAUUUGUUUUGUAAAUAUUAAGGGAAUGAAGUUAAGAA